AUGUUGCAUAAUAACAAUCAAUUUGGACCGAGUGAUGUUCCAAUAAGUGCUGAGACAAAUUUGACGUCUGAUAUUAUAAAUCCAAAUAAUGUGAAUAGUAUCAAGAACAUAACUCAGCCCAUGCCAUUGCCUGCAAACUCAGGAUGUAGUAUAUCAGAAUUUCCUUACGGCUUCAAUAUGAACGCUGGUAUGAGCCAAUAUCCUAAUUUUUCAUCUGUUGGAUUUCCACAUAAUGUAAUGUCACAAAACUCGAUGAACUGGCCAAACAACACAUUUCCAAUGAACUUGAAUGCUUCAAAUGGCCCAUUUGGUAUGUCUGUCGAUAGGAAACCCUAUGAAAAAGAAGUAAAUUUAUUAAAUAUCCCUCAAAUUCCUAAAUAUAAGCCAGAUGCCCACGUAAACAAUUACGCUCAUUACAACGACAAUCUCUUUAGUAAUCAAAAUUAUCGACCAGUUCAUGCAAGCUACGACGACGACACAACAAAUAAAAACAGAAUUUCUGGAGAUUAUAAACAAUAUUUCGAAAGUAAUUUAGGUUUAAGUGGUAAAGUAGGUGAAAACGAUUGCAAUCUAAGUAUGAUUUCUAAGCCAAAUGAAAAUUGUUUACAAAAAGAUGUUAUAAAUAAAGUAAAAGAGACACUUACAAUGGAACCUGAUAGUAGCAUCUCAAGUAAUCCAGUUACAGAUGUGGAAAAAAAUUUGACUGAAACUCAUCCAAGUGAUACAGACACUUUUAGUUUGAGAACCUUUAAGGACUCUGAUUCUCGUAAGCGUAGCUUAGAAAAAACCCUAAGAAUGCUUGAAAUAAGCAUAAUAAAUAGUACAAAUUCCAGAAAAAUUGCUGAAACAACAGAAAGUCCAAGAAAUCAUACUGAUACAUUUAAAACUCCAACUGGUAAUGCUAUAGAUACUUCAGAUCCAUAUUCAGAUACAGAACAAAAUGAAGAACUAAGUUCAGAAUCACAGUAUCCUAACUCUACAUUAGUAGAAACAAAAAAUCAAGAAAAAACUAAACCAGAAGCAUCUAAGCAAACAAGUGAUGAUGAACAAUUUAAUGAUUUAUUGCCUGUAAAUAAAAUUAAACAAGAAACCAUACACACAGUUGAAGUUAAGUUGGAAGAGUGGACACCAGAUCUGGACACACCAAAUCCAUUUCAAAAGGAUACUUUUGGUGUUCCAAGUGAACAUGUUUAUAAUUGUCACAUUUUAGAUUCUGAAAAUAGUGUAAAUAUUGCUAAGGAACUUGCUAAAGAUGGUGGUACAACAGAAUCCUAUUUUGAAUGUCCAUAUUGUAGUCUUUACUUUAACAACCCAAAGCGAUAUUUAAUUCAUAUAAAGUGGCAUUCCUUUGGUUUGACAAAUGAGAAGAGACUUGAGUUGCAGCGGGAAAAAGAAAUGAAGAAAGUAUUGAAAAAACAGGCAAGAAUACAGAUAAAAAAGCAAAAUGAAGAGAAGAAAGAACACGAGGGCCCUAAUAAAUGUACAAUCUGUGACAAGGAAUUCAAUACAUACAGCAGCUUAAAAACCCAUAGACAAAAAAUGCACCCAACCCGUGCAAGAACCUGCAAGAUAUGCAGUAAGAAUGUGUUAGGCUGGCUUGCUAUGAAGCAACAUAUGACAACUCAUGAGGAAGCCAGCUUCAACUGUCCAGACUGUCCGAAGAGGUUCAAACAUGCACAUUCCUUAGCCAAACACCGAGAUACACAUAAGGAGAAAACACAUGGAUGCGCUCAGUGUACGAAGAAGUUUGGUUCGGCGACUUUGCUUAACAUUCAUAUGAAGACGCACGAACGUAUGAUCCGUGGCGCUACUUUCCGUUGUACAUACUGCGGAAAGGGCUAUUAUGAAUCCUUUAGUUUGGCGGCACACGAACGGACACACAGAAAUGAAAAGCCGUUCACGUGUGAUAUUUGCAACUCCAGCUUUGGAACUAAUUCCAGUCUAAAGCGACAUUUGAAAGUUUCCCACAACACAACAAAACCAUACGAAUGUCGGACCUGUCACAGAUGCUUUAUGCAGGAAUCAAUCCGGGAUCGCCACGAACUACGUCUCCAUAGCAACCCGGAGGAUUUCAAAUAUCCUUGCAAAUUAUGUACAUCGAAAUUCAUUGAAAUGAAGGAUCUAAAGAAACAUCUUUAUAAAGUGCACCCAAAAGUUAAAAGAAAGAAACAUUCUGAUGAUGAUUACUCUGAAUAG